AUGAAUGUUUUAACUUUGGAUGGUUUCGUGAAGAGUGAUUUGUUGGUGUUGAAGGAGAAGAUUAGUGAGCUUACAAAUGGCGAUAAUAAAGUAAGUAGUCUUGUUCAAGGUCAGUUAGAUGCGCUCAAACAGAAAAAAGAAAAUGAGUUGGAUAAGAUUGCUGGUAAUAAUGGCACAAUUAAGAAAGAGACGGACACUGGACUUGUAGAGAAGUUUGACAGGCUUAUCCAAAGUCCGCUUGACACUAAAGUCAAAGCAGUUGACCAGGCGAUUGAGGCGCUUGGCGGGAAUUUUAAGAAUGGUGGUGAUCUGAAUAGUCUUCAAAGCAUUUUUGAUCAUAUUAAAGGAGAGGUUGGGAAGAUAAAGGGGAAGGCGGGGACGGGAGAUUGGCCAAUUGAAGGUGCCACGGGUCUGACGGGGAUCGCACAGGGAUUGGAGCAUUAUUUCAACUUUUUCAGGAAUAAAUUCGGAGAUGCAGUCGGCGGCUGGGUAGACGAUAUCAUGCGUAAUAACGGUCUGGUUAAGAAACUGCUUGGUUGGCAGGAUAACCCGGCGGAGACGCUUGAUGAUUACAUGAAGAACAGUGGUCUCGGAGGCCUUAUUAGGUCUCCGAUUAAUUUAAAAAUUAACGAUGCCGAAGCAGCGUUUAAGAAUGGUAAUGCUUCCGACAUGGCAGAUCAAAUCACGAAGGUCAAAAAUGCCUGCCAGGCAUUUGCCGAAGCGCUUGACGCGGAACUGAAGAAGGAUCCGGGGAGCGGUGUCCUUGCGAUGGCCAAGCAGGCUAAGAAUGCGUGGACAGAAUUUGGUGACUCUGAGAGAGAAAGCAAAAGAACAUCCUUGGGAAGGGCCUUAGCUGAGGCAAACUGCGGAUGCAGAGACUGCCAAGCCAGCGGAGGCAGAGGUAAGGAUAAUUGCCUAAAAUGCGACAAGAAGGAAUGCAACCUCACGCAAGCCAUCGCCACUACCAUCGUAACAGUGUCCUCCGUGAGCAGACAAGUCAGCAAGGAGCUUCACUCAGUGCUGCUCGGCAAUGGGACCGCAACGAUAAACAUCGCAGAACUGUUGGAUAAAGCGAAAAAGGCAACUGAAGAUCUUCAAGGUCAGCUUGACAAUGCGACUAAUCAACAAAAUAUCGGCACCAUCCAAGAAAGCCCCGCCCAAGCCGUGGACAGCAAGUUGAAGGCGGUGAGGGAUUUCGUGAGUGGAGAGCAGCUUACAAAAACAGAAUUUCCUAAAGUCACAGGUGAUCUAACAAAGGCAGUUAAAGAACUUCCCGACGCCGUUAAAGAAUUCGACGAGAAAGCUCAAGCACAGAUCAAGGCUGCGGCCCAGAAGGCUAUUAAGGAGGCGGCUGAGGUGAUUAAGGAGGUGGGUGGUGAAAUAAAGCUUGGCAAACAUCUCAUGGAAAAAUUUGAGGAAUCCCACGGGAAGAUAAAAAGUGGGCUCGAAUCACAACUUCAAGGUAAAGUUAAUGACAACAUUGGGCCGGAUGAUCCGCCGGGUGGUCAAGGUGGUGGAGUUGGUCAAAAAUUCAAACUUGCUACAGGAAAAUUCGAACAUUAUGAAAAACAUGUUACACAACCUUUAGAUUCCUCUAAAACUCUAACCGGUAAAGCAGAUGCAAAUGAAGGCAAACUCCCACUGGCGAUCGGGAAUAUUAGAGAUGAGGGUCUGGCAGAGCUUGAAAAUACUCUAGGUGACCAAGCCGGCAAGAUUAACACUACAACCUUCACUGGUCCGUUCAAAUUAAUUGAGAAAGAGCUUGAGGAGAUCAAGAAAUUGGUUAGUGAUGCUGGUAGCGGCAGUUCGUUCCUAGGGGAAAUGAAAAACAAGGGCGUCAAAACAUUAUUGUCUGAGCUUCAGAAGGGACUUGCAAAUAGUAAAGUAGACUAUGUCUUUGAUAAAGGCCUUGACGCAAUCAAAUCGGCGAUUAGCACUCUGAAAACAGGGACGUAUGAUGAGAAAACUAAGAGCAUCGGAGAUGCCAUCGACCUUAUUAAGCAGCAGCUCACAGAGCUUAGAGAGAAGUUGCAAAAGACACCAGGCAACGAUGUGAUUAAGACGCUGGCAGAGAUGCAAACCAAGGGCCUUGGCACACAGGAUGAUUGGACACCGAACGGUGGUAAACCUCUCAGUGGUCUCGGGAAAAUCCAGCAGGGACUUCAGGAGCAGAAUGAGAAACUAGGCGAACAUAACAAACAAAUAGGGGAGGCCAUAAAAAUAGUGCGGAAAGAAAUUGAGUUGCAACUUUUCAGGAUAGGGUACAGGUUGGAUAAUAAACACAGUACUGAUGACAUCGCUGACCAUUUGAAGGCAUUACAAAAGCAUCUUGGUAUAGGGAAGGCAAAUUAUGGGAAUAAUCUUCAGAAAAUUCAUAAUGAAAUUAAAAACCUUCAUGACACGCCAUUUCAACAGCAUCCCACUAAAAUCGACAACGCCAAGAAAGAAAUUGUAGAUGAACUCACUACCCUUCGAACGGAGUUGCUAGACACCAAGGACAACGAUGUCAUUGCAACACUGAACGAUUUGAAGGGCGUUGAACUAAGUGGUGAUAAGUGGGAUAAAAAUGCAGCUGGAAAAAAUAAAAGCCUUAAAAAUAUCGAAGAUGAACUUGGACGUCAACAAAAAACGUUGAAUGACCAACCGCCUCAAAUCACUGCCGGCGUCCAGGAAAUCACCAGUGAGCUUGACAGCCUUAGAGGGACGUUGAACACUGAAGUCACCGAUAAGUUGACGGAACUGAAAAGCAAGGGGCUAACUGAUAAGGAUUGGAGAAAAGAAACAAGUAUAAAAGGGCAUGGAAAAGAUCAAUAA